AAUCGCAUAUCAAUAAGUUGUCAAGGAGACGUUUGCAAGUUUGGAAGGCUUGUUUUAUCUUUCGUUUUAUUAAUUUCUUUUAACCAUGAGCGGGGGCGCAAAUUUUGUACCAGAAGAACCAACUCCAGAGAACAUGCGACCAGGGUUCUGUUCUGCUGUUUGUACGGACAGAGCAAGCUUGCAGGAGGAAAUAAAGAAACCUGAUCAGAAGACCUCGGAUUUCUUCGCCACCUGUAAUCUUCCCAAGAGGUUCGAGCAUCCUCACUGGUUCAACGGUUACGGGUGCCAAGUGAGCCGGCAGCAUCCGUUUUACAGGACCUCUGCGAGUGUGUACGGAUGGUAUCCACCAGGCAUCCACUCCGUGCCAUCCGUGUUCUUCCCGGCUGGCCAGACGUUCACCAACCGGCUCGCCGCAGCCGGAAUGUACCGGAACUAUAGCCUCAACACCGGCAUGGACCCUGUCGGCUAUUCGUGAUCUUGAGACACAGAUAUUUCAGUAAAAAAUCAUAGGACAUUAGAUGUAGUUCUCUGUAGUUAGAUAUAAUCUAUCGUAGUACCUACUUGUAUAAUAAUCUAUACUAAUAUUAUAAAGCUGAAGAGUUUGUUUGUUUACUUGAACGCGCUAAUCUCAGGAACUACCGGCCCGAUUUAAAAAAUUCUUUCAGUGUUAGAUAGCCUAUUUAUUGAGGAAGGCUAUAUAUCAUCACGCUACGAGUAAUAGGUGCAGAGCAAAAAUGAAAAAUGUUGCGAAAACGGGUUUUCACGCGUACGAAGUCGCGGGCACAGCUAGUCUAUCGUAUAUUGGUGAUGGUGAGUAUCUUUAAAUAAUAAACCUUUAUAUCUCAACAAGGAAUUUUUCAGUAAAUUAAGGGUUUGAAGUAACUUAUGAUUAGGUACAGAAUAGAACAUGAAAUAAAUUCAGGAUUUUAAAAGUAUCUGAAAGAAACACUAAGAGACAAAUAGACGGAACUCUUAGUUUUCUAGAAAUUAGUUAAAAAUCUUGGAUUUGAUUGUUUUUUACCUAUAAGUUUCAAAAUUAUAUUCUCUAGUACCUAUAAAUGUUGGACGAUUACGUUAAUUGAGUGCCAAAAUACAGAGGUAGAGAUAUUACUUUUUUGAGAGUACAGUAAUUGUUUUAAUAAAUAUUUUUAAAUCGUGUAAAAAUUAAGUCACACAAAGGCAGAUUAUGAAAGUAAUAAUCAAAUUAUGUUAAUUUCCAGAUGGAAAAUUAAAUAUGGUCGCAUUUGUUGUUUGUCUGUCUCGCUGAUUUUGUUUUCUGUGUUAUUGGCGUGAGUUUGAUAAUGCUUUUCGUGUAAUUAAUGAUCAAUUUUUUAUUAAAUAAAACGCUCUACUUUUAAAAUAAUUUGCUAAUUUUGAUUUUAAAUUAAUAAAAGG